CUGCAACUCUCAGUAACCUUAACACACGCCCACCCCACAAGAAAACAUUAAACUAGUUUUAAAAAAAAUAUAUUUUAUCCUUUUUAAGACGGCGCAAGAGAAAGAAACAAACCCAGGAAUUUAAAAAAAAAAAAAAGGACAAAGCUUUGGUUUCAGUUUUCUUCCAAAUGCAAAACCCCUACAACCGUCGGAGGGGACGCCAAGGCCCACCUGUAACGAUCGUUCCCUUACCAGGGGAGGUGUCAUUUCGUAUUAUCUGCCACGUGUCAUCCAUCGGAGGAGUCAUCGGGAACUCCGGCGCCGUUGUUUCUCAACUUCGCCGCGAGACUUCCUCUCGAAUACACUGCGAGGAACCGGUUCGCGGGUCGGCACACCGGGUUAUAUUGAUAGUCGGGUCGGGAUCCGUUGAGAGGCGGUUUAGUUUGAGUGAGGGAGAAGAAUGUGACGUGUCGUGUGCUCAGGAAGCGAUGGUUAGGGUUUUCGAGCGCGUGUGGGUAGUGGAAGCUCAGAGAGAGUGGGGAAACGCGUGUGAUGGGGAGGACGAAGAAGCUUACUGUGGGGUGCUGGCUGAUACGACACAGAUUGGUGCCGUUGUGGGGAGAGGAGGGAACAAUAUUGUGAGAAUGAGGACGGAGACUGGAGCUAAGAUUAGGAUUUUGCCGCCGCCCCCAUGCGGAAGGAAAAACGAUGAGUUAAUUCAGAUAACUGGUGGCACUUUGGCUGUCAAGAAAGCUCUGGUUGCUGUAUCUGGCUGCCUUCAAGCUUGCCCACCUUUGGACAGAGAGUCAACACCUAUGAGUGUUCCUACUGAGAAACCUUCACGUGGGACCUCCCCUGAUCCACACAUAGAAUUUUUUCCGAACCUUAGUUCGCUGUUGCCACCUAUGUCAGCAAAUUCUGUGAGUGCUGCAUCAAAUGCCACCUUUUCAUCUAUGGAUGCUGAUGGAGAUUCCAACCUGGAUUCAAAUGGUACACAAAAAGAAGUAGUCUUUAGAAUGCUCUGUUCCAAUGGUGCUGCCGGGGCCAUAAUUGGUAAGAGGGGGGCCAUAGUCAGAGCUUUACAAAAUCAAACAGGUGCUUCUAUAAUGUUUGCAUCCCCAGUAACCGAGUGUGGUGAGCGUGUUGUCACCAUUUCUGCAUUGGAGAACCUUGAAUCAUGUUAUUCUCCUGCACAAAAUGCUGUUGUUCUUGUAUUUGCAAGAUCAGUUGAGGCUGACAUUGGAAAAGGACUUCCAUCAGGCCUGAGUAAGGGUUCUGCUGUAACUGUUAGGCUUCUAGUUGCAAAAAACCUAGUCAGCUGCUUGAACGACAAAGGAGGCAGGGUACUUUCUGAGAUUGUAGAAGUCACUGGUGCUGAUGUACAAAUAUUAGAUGGAGACCUGACACUGGAUCAUUCUCCAGAGAAUGUAGUACAGAUUACUGGUGAGUAUAAAAGCGUGCAGAAUGCGAUCUUUCAAGUAACUAGUAGGCUAAGACAUAAUCUCUUGCCACCUGAAGUGCUUAAUGAAAUGAGAGUGAGGAACUGUUAUGGGAAAGUAAGCGAUACAGGUGUGCCUCAAGCGUACCAACCAAAAGGCUCAUCAUCAGAUACUGAUCAAGGACCUAAUUUAGCUCAAAGAACGCACCCUGGGCUCUCAGACAAUACUGCUGGUCCUCUUCCAUUCAAAUUGCAGCCACAACAGUUGCAGACUACAGGAAAUGGGUGUACAGUUGCCACCCAAGAUGUGGAGAGAGGCUCAACCACGUUUGGAGGGAGUUUAGACCUUGAGAGGUCACUGGAUUUUCUACUUCCUCGUGAAGUGCUCAAUGAAGUGGGAGGAAGGAGCCCCUUCAAGGAAGGGAGUGAGACUACUUCUGGCUUGCUUCAAUCAUUAGGCGUAUCUCUUGAUUCUGAUCAAGAGAAUGCUUUAACAAGAGCAGUGGGUAAUCUUGGGCUCUCUAACAGUGGAGGCUGUCCACCAAAAUCUCCGCUAUUAGAGACACUGAGAAGAGGACAUGGGCUGGCCAAUGCAGAGGGUAGAGGUGGUCUUGAAGUUGAAAGCAGUAAGAAGUCUGCUGUUGUGAAAAAUACAACUGUCGAGAUUGUUGUUCCUGAAGAUGUUUUUGGCUCCGUUUAUGGUAAACAUGGCUGCAACCUUGCUCGUCUCAAAGAGAUUUCAGGUGCUAAAGUCGAAGUUCAUGAUCCAAGUCCUGGUGAAAGUGAGGGGAUAGUUUUUAUAUCAGGGACUCCAGAUCAAACCCUGAUAGCACAAAGCUUGCUUCAAGCGUUCAUUCAAGCCAACCAGUAAUCUUCAUCACCAGAUAGUCGAUCUCACCAUUGGUAAUCACAUUAAUUGCAUGGGAGACAACUGAAUUUUGUUGCUCACUGGAAUUGAUGUUUGUGUUCCGUCCUGGCCAAGGGAACUACUUAUUCCAUAGCUGUCGUGGUUCCAUGUAGAAAAUGACGAGUAUAGGAGUGACCUGUUGAUAUGAAAUUGGUAAACCGUUAACAACUUAGCAAAAAUAUUUAUAACAAAGAUCAAACACAUAGGGUUGUUUCCAUAGGGAGGGGGUUUGUUAUUACACUUUUUCCAUUGGGAAAUGCUACAAUAGAUUAGUCUUGAAAUGGCAAUUAUUGAACAGUGCGAGUUCCGCGUUAAUGUUUUAUUUCUCACGAUGACAUUUUCUCUAUGGCUGUUACAGUCUCUUGACUCUAGGUAUAGUCUCACUGAUCAUUACUAUUUUCCAAUUUGUAGUUUCACGGAUCAGUAAAUCUUCUUGUCAAAAUUUAAAGAAAGAGGCAGUUUGGGGAAAUUUAAGGGAGAA